CGCAGCCAGCAGCAGCAGGACACGGUGUUUAAGGGGACGAAGGAGAAACCAGCAGGCGGCACCGGCUCGUCCUCCACACCAAAGCCGCUCCUGCUGUCAUUCUUCUUCUUCUUCUUCUUCUCCUUGUCGUCAUUGUUGUUAUUGUUAUUGUUGUUGUGGCGGUGCUGCUCCCCCGAGGAUUGUUUCUUCCUUCCACUCGGGAUUGUAUCGUGGCGGAAGACAAGACGACCUCCGCUUCCUUCUCGCCGCCGCGGAGGUGUUGUCAUCCAGCGCUGGUGACAGUGAAGGAGGAGCACAUGAGGAGCACAUGAGGAGCACAUGAGGAGCACAGAAGCAUCCUGACUACACCUCCUGACCACGCCCACAAGGAAGACAGCCAGCGUUCCUCCUGCAGGCAUGAGGUCCUACCGCUCCUUCAGCAAUGACGACCGCCACGUGAUGGCCAAACACUCCUCCAUCUACCCCACCUGCCUCCACCUGGAGGCCGUGCAGACGCUGGUGUCCAACGUGGAGGCGGCCCUCAAGCACGUGUCGGACUGGCUGGAUCAGAACCAGGACCAGGGCCAGGACCAGGACCAGGACCAGGACCAUGGACAACUACCGGCAGACGGCGCACAGAAGAAGGAGGAGGAGGAGGUGGAGGAGGAGGGUGGAGAUGAAGCCCAGGGGUCCGGUGAUGGCUACAGGGAGAGUGGCAGAGUUCUGUGUGGCGUGAUGAGGAUCGGACUGGUGGCCAAGGGACUCCUCAUCCAAGGUGACCUGGACCUGGACCUGGUCUUGAUGUGCAGACACAAACCCACACACACGCUGCUGGACAACAUCGCACACAACCUGCCGCAGCAGAUACAGAAGCUGACCCAGGAGAAGUACGAGGUCACCAGCUGCUCGCCCGAGGCGGCCAUCUUGGUACGUACCACGGCGCAGCCCCAACUGGCGUUGAAGAUCAGCCUCACCUCGCCCGCCAUGAGGGAGGAAGGGGGGGAGGAGGAGGAGGAAGAGGAGGAAGAACAGGAGCAGGAAGGGGAAGAAGAUGUGGCGUUGGAUGGAGUGAAGGAUGGAGAAGAAGGCGAGGAAGAGGUGGCGUUGGAUGGAGUGAAGGAUGGAGAAGAAGGCGAGGAAGAGGUGGCGUUGGAUGGCGUCAAAGAGGAGGAGGAGGAGGAGGAGAAGAUGAACGGCCAUGUGUUGGCUGCUGCUGCUGCUGAGGAGGAGGAGGAGGAGGAAGAGGAGGUGCUGGAUAGACACAGAUGUCUGUCGGCCUUGGCAGCGCUGCGACACGCCAAGUGGUUCCAGGCCCGAGUGGACGGACUCAAGUCCUGCAUCAUCGUUCUCAGGGUUCUGCGGGACAUGUGCAAGAGGCAGGCCGCCUGGGAGCCCCUCGACGGAUGGCCCCUGGAGUUGAUCUGUGAGAAGGCCAUCGCCACCUGCAGCAGACCCCUAGGGGCGGGGGAGGCCCUGCGUCGGGUCAUGGAGUGUGUGGCCUCGGGCAUCUUGCUACCAGGUGGUCCUGGUCUACAUGACCCCUGUGAGAAGGAGCCCACCGACACCUUAGCCCACAUGACGCACCAGCAGGCGGAGGCCAUCACCUGCAGCGCGCAGCACGCGCUCAGGCUCAUCGCCUUUGGGCAGAUCUGCAAAGUGUUGGAGAUGGAGCCUCUUCCUUCCAGCAAACAGAAGUUCCCUUGGUGCGACAAAGAAGGCCUGGCCCUGAAGCGUCCGUACGAGGACGGAGUGAUGGACGACAGAGAGCUCAUCAAGAGGAUGAAGAGGAAUCUGAGAAAAGUUCUAGACAGCAAAGCCAUGGACUCCAACCAGCCGAUGAACGCCCUCAUGCGCUUGAACCAGAUCCGUCCAGGUCUACAGUACCGUCUGCUGUCCCAGUCAGGCCCGGUUCACGCUCCCGUCUUCACCAUGUCCGUGGACCUGGAUGGGACCGUCUAUGAGGCGUCGGGGUCCUCCAAGAAGACCGCCAAACUCCAUGUAGCAGUCAAGGUUCUUCAGGCGAUGGGCUACCCGACCGGGUUCGACUCCGACCUGGACCCCAUGAGCUCGGACGAGAAGUCUGACGGCGAGGGCAAGAGCGAGACGUCCUCGCACACCAGCAAUAACGCCACGCACGCCUCGGACAGCUCCAACACGCUGGAGGUGCGCACUCAGGGCCCCAUACUGACGGCCAGCGGCAAGAACCCGGUCAUGGAGCUGAACGAGAAGAGACGAGGACUCAAGUACGAGCUGAUCUCAGAGAGCGGUGGCAGCCAUGAUAAACGCUUCGUCAUGGAGGUGGAGGUGGACGGGCAGAAGUUUCGGGGUGCGGGCCCCAAUAAAAAAGUAGCAAAGGCCAGCGCCGCAUUGGCCGCCCUGGAAAAACUCUUUUCAGGUCCCAAUGCUGCUGCCAACAAGAAGAAGAAACUACUUCCUCAGACUAAAGGUGUGCUGGCAGCGGCGGUGGCUGCCCAGGUGGCCAGAGGAAGAGGAAGAGCCGCCCUCGCAAGGGGAGCCUUCGUCAGCGCCGCCACUCCGGGAUACGUCACGCCAGCAGGUUUCGGGACGCCGUACGCCUACAGCCACGCUGCCGCCGCAGCUGCCGCCGCCGCCGCCGCUGCUCCCGCCUACGGAGGUCUUUUCAUUGACAAUCCCUUCUACCAGCCACGGGCCCUGGCCCCCUUCAUCAUCCACCUGGGCCCCCAGGAUCUCUUCUCUGACUUCUAGACUAAGCUCCUCCUACUCUUUUCCCGCCUUUCUCUCGUCCUUCCUCUGUUACGGCGACCAGACGGCGUCCGCUACACGUACAUGAAAGCAAUACUCGGAGACAAGCUGCUCUUUUCUAGCAAUACAGAAUGUGGUCCAUAUCAAUAAUGGUGAUUGUAUCCACCUGAUAUUAUACUCUAGAUGUAAAUACACCUUCUAUAUUAGAUCACACAUAUACUACUUUCUUCUUCCACUUUUCUAUAAGCUCCUGUCUACAAUAUUUCAAAUGUGUAUCCACAAUAUAUACUCUAUCUUUGCUAUUUACUUCCUCUUUCUCCACACACACUUCCUGUCUGCCAGCACAUCUUUCAAAUGCCGGCAGGGGUGUGGCGUGUGUGUGUGUGUGUGUGUGUCUGUGCGCGCGUGUGUGUGUUUGCGUUUGUGUGUUGGUGUGUGCACAACAUAUGUCCCACUUUAAAGACAGCGUCCUCCACAGUGGACAUGUAAUGGGGGGGCUCAACCCCAAUGUCCACUGCAGAGGACAUAGUCUGACAGCAGUACUAUGUAUAUUUUCCAAGUGCAGUACUUAGUACAAAGUAAUACUGCACAGUGCAGUACUUAGUUGGAGGUAAUACUGCACAGAGUAGGAGGUAAUACUGCACAGUGCAGUACUUAGUAGGAGGUAAUACUGCACAGAGUAGGAG